AUGGGUUCUGGUUAUUGGUGGGGAUGUGAUCUUUGUCCUGAUCCUGAUCCUGAUCCUGAUCCUGAUAACUUCCUGAUAUCGCGGUCCGAGUGCACACGCGGCACGCGCGCGCACCCAUAUCCGCUCCGACCGCAUUCACAACCCCGACAUCGAGUUGAACUUCAAGUGCCAGAGCCCGAAGGGAGCAGGGAGGAGGGGACUGUAAAGUCUGCCGCACGUCGUGCUCUCGAGAGACAGGAAAACCACCAACGCAAGUGCGGUCGAAAUCACGAGUCGGAGCCCGGAGUCUCGGGGGUCGGGAGUCGGCAACGCGCCCCAGCCGCCCUGCGCAGCACCCGAUUCGUCGUCCCAACGCAAAACGCUAGCUACUAUCCCCAAAGGGUCCGCGCCAAAACAGAAACAGACGAUCCACUCAAGGCGGCGGGCAAACAAAGCAAGCAAGCAACCAGGCAAACAAGCAAGCAAGCAGGAUACAGUACUAGGACGGCCUGCGGCGCUCUGCGCGACAUUUCAAAGGUCGGACCGGCGCCAUCGUUCGCACCGCUGCCUGCUCCCGGAUGUGGCCAACGGGCGUCCGUCGACGGCGGAAUCGAAGAAGCAGCGUGGUGGAUCGAUUCGGCCACGCACCGCGCAGCAGCACGCCGCGCCGCGCUCGCGCCUCGCACGAACACGGCGCGCGCGCGCGCGACCCCGGUCCUCGCUCCCGUCGCGCCAAAACAAGGAAACAAAGCGUCUGCAGGCAGACGGCACCGACGCCAUCGUCGCACGCCGCAGCACGGCCAGCCCAUUUUUUUGGGGGGGGGGUGUAGGGUCCGCCAAGCGCGCCGUCCCCCGUCAGCGUCCCCGGGCGGUGCGCGGCGUCGCACGCUCACGAUACUGCCCGUGCCCGUUGCGGCGCUCAGCUCAGCGAUCCACCGCGAUCAUGGAGCAGUAAGAUAG